AUGAGGCGAAUUCAAAAUUGGAAAGGCCCGCCACAGUUUCGUUCCGCGGUGUUGCAGGUAGAAAGCCUGGUCGUAAAACCGAGGCUCCGCAAGCAAGACAUCGCGGCGCUUCAGCAGCUACGGAAGAAGGUUCAGAAACUCCUUAAAGAUCUUGACCAGGCGAUAAACACCAAACACGAGUUUCACUUUUGGCCGGUCCGUCUCACCGUCGAAGCUUGUUGUUUUCGACGAACUGAGACGAGGCAAAGCGGAAAGGCCCGCACGGUCGUCCCUUUGAUUCAGCAUAUCCCAAGGCCAGCACCAGCGACUUCUAAUAUUGGAUUGGGAUUGAAAGAACAUUUAAGAAAUGACUCAAAAAACAGUCGAGUGCGAGAAUCCCAGAAAGUCACGAGCACCUUGCGAACUAGCGCCGGAGUUGCCAGAAAAAGUCACCUCUCGAUUCUGAAACCAGUACGCAUGUGA